AGCAGUUAGGCGUCAUUUUCUGAAAGAACUGAAACAUAAUUCUACUAUUCUAGAUUAGAUCUAGAAUCAGAACCUAGCCUAUAAUAUAGAUUACUAGCCUAUUGGGCAGUAUUUAGAUAAUUAAACAUUUUAGCUUCGUUUGUAUGUCUAGAAUCUGGAAAGGUUUAUACGGUUAAUUUGAAAGCAUGGCAGGCAUUACCCUGCAGGAAGUUGGGGGUGACCUGGUCAUACCAGUUCUCAAUGAGUCAACAGUCAUUGGCCGCGGUCAGUUUCUUCAGGUGACAGAUAAACGCGUUUCAAGAAGUCAUGCAUUGUUGGAGAUGACGGAUGGUAAACUGUACAUCACACCGACACACACCAACCCAUGUUUUUUAAGAAGCCACUCCAGCAAGGAGCAAAAAGUUUUAGCACGAGAUGCCAGGCAGCUGCUGGAGCACGGAGACGAGUUUGGUCUCUUGCCAGACCAGCUCUUCUACAAGGUCUCCUACCCUCAGAUCAAUGGCAAGGAUAGGGGUGAAGGGUCAGCAUCUGAAGACAACACAAGUAGAAGAGAUGAGAGUGUGUCCAAUGGUCAAGUUCAGGAAGCCUCAGACAAAGAUUCUGAAGCAAGUCAAGAAGCUCCACAGGCUGUGGGUGACAAAAAGGUGGUGGACCAACCUGAUGAAAAGGUGACACCAGACGAGCAAGACAAAAAGGUGACGCCAGACGUACCUGAUGAGGAGAUGGCUAAGCCAGUUGACAAGAAAAGACCCCUACCAGACUGGAUGUUGAAGGCAGCAGACACAAAGCCUGCACAUACAAAACCUGCGGCUAAAAAAAAAUCUGUGACCAAACAUGAGGUAGAAGAAGAGGAGGAAGAGGAGGAUAGCAAAGGAAGAGAAACCAAAGAAAGUGAGGAGGACUACGAGGUGUCAGAUGACGACUAUGUGCCAGAGAAAAGCUCAAGAAGAGGCAAAAGAAAAGCUAGUGAAGAGAGCGAGGAAGAUGUGAGUGAUGACGACUACUCCCCCAGGGCGCGUAAGGCCAGCAAAGGAAGGAGGAAGCCUGUCAAGACACCAGCAAGGAAAACUAGGAGGAGAGGCAAGAACCAGUCUGAUGAGGAGCUGCCUCGCAGGAAGGCAGGGCUGGAAGAGUCCCCCACCAGGCGACCACAGAGGGCAGCAAGGCAGAAGAGAGGCAGCUAUGUGGAUGACCCAAUGAUUGAAGAAGCACUAGAGGACUUUGCUUCAGACAAUGAUGAUGAUGGUAAUGAAGAUAAAGACAGUGACUUUGAAGUGGAAGGAGAAGAGGAUUCAGGAAGUGAUUGGGAGAAAAGUAAAUCUCAGAAACCCAAGCCAAGCAGGGCCAGCAGAAGUAAGGGACCUCCAAGAGGAGCCACAAAAAAAGGUAAGAAGAGGUCCAGCCGUAGAGCCAGCUCUACUCGUGAAGACUCUUAUGGAGAGGACGUGAUGGAGGAUGAUGAACCUUAUGUGCCACGCCCAUCUAAACGUAGGGCUGGCACUCGGGACUCGGAUGAUAGCGAGGACGGAAAUAAAAAGAAAAGGAAAAGAGAACCUUGCCAGUAUGGCCAGAAGUGUUAUAGGAAAAACCCAGUACACUUCCGUACUUAUUGUCAUCCUGGUGACUCCAGCUUUGAUGAAGAGGAACAAGAAGAAAGUUGUAAGGAAAGCAGCAAGAAAGAUUCAAGUAAAGUUGGUCAAGAAAAACCCAGCAGACCCCAGCGAAGUACAGCAGGAACCAGACUAGUGACCCAUGACCUGCCUGAUGGGGGGCAACUCUCUGACCAGUCUCCUCAAGACUCCAAUGAAGAGGAAGAUGAUUUAGCAGAUGGCAAGAAGACCAAAUGUGUAGACCAGGAUUGAUGCGUGUGGACCUGGAAUCUCAGACAAGCAUUUAUUGUACAUACAAACUAUCACUAUACAUAGAGAUUGGCUUUGUAAAAUAUACAUUUACACCCCCCUCCUAAUUUUUAUCUAGAAUUAAUAUACAUGGUAAAAAAGCUGUCAGUUGUUGUAUAUAUGUUGGUUGGUGUCAAUGUUUUGUACUCGGUAUUGUAUCUUUCUAUUUUUAGAACUGUAAGCAACUAAUGGUUGCCUUUUAGAUGGACAUAAAACAUUGAAUAAAAUAGAAUAAAACAA